UCAUAGAAGCACACCAAAAAACUCUAUUAAUUCCUCAUUUAUAUAUCCUUUAACGUACUUACCAUACACAACCCAAUAUGGAUGAGUUCUUUUCUUUAAUCCUUCAAGGGAUCAAGUUAGCUAAAGACCUUGAACCAAUCCUACAAAACUUAGCCACCCACCAUCACCGAGAUAUGCUUUCCAAGUUAGAUGAAAUCAUUAGGGUUUUCAUUUCUGCUAAGGAGAGGUUAAUUAAUACUCAUUAUCAUCAAGACCCUUCUCAAAUGUUGUUCCGAGAGCUGCAGCAGCAACCCCAGAUUGAUCCAAGGUUACAGGAAUAUUGGCUUAGUACUAAAAUGAUGGAGGCAUUUCAAUCACAACUAACAGCUGAGAGGAUCAGCAGCAGUUCAGGGUUGGAAAAUAAGCAGGCAACAAGUGGGAUGCAAAUGGGGUCAGGAGAUCUGGCCAUGGAAUUGGGUGGUAGAGAUGUUCAAGCAAUGGCUUCAUCAUCGACACAAAGACCGCGAAGAAGGAAGGAUGAUGCAGAGAAUGAGACGGUGAGGGUACCUGCACCUCGGAUGGGAAAUACUGAAAUCCCACCUGAGGAUGGCUACACUUGGAGGAAAUAUGGCCAGAAAGAAAUACUAGGGGCAAAGUUCCCAAGGAGCUACUAUAGGUGCACCCACCAAAAAUUGUACCAAUGUCCAGCCAAGAAGCAAGUUCAGAGACUAGAUGAUGAUCCCUACACGUUUGAAAUUACAUACCGGAGUGAUCACACAUGCCACAUGUCUGCUACAGCACCAUCUGUUCGACCACCACCACCACCAGAAAUUACCCAGGAGAUGACUCGAACUAUGGCUGCUCAGCCUCCAGUACCAUGGCUGGAAUUUAGUCUAGGUGGUGGAGGGGGUGGUGGCAGCAGUGGCAGUAGCAUGGCAGGUGCAGGUCCCUCCACUGUUCGAUAUGGCAAAGAAGUUGAAUAUCCUGUAGCAGAUAUGGCUGAUGUGAUGUUUAACUCUGGCAGCAGUAGUAGCAACAGCAUGGAAUUGAUUUUCACUUCCAUGGAAGAUAAGUGAGAAGCAGGAGGAGACAAGAAAAAUUGAUUCUUAAUUAGCCAAAUAGGAGUGGUUAAUCAGAGUAAUUAAGCUAGUGAAAUAUUUAUUGUCACUUCAUUUUGUGGAAAUUAGAUUAAUUGUUUAUCAAUUGCCUUAGGGCCAUAACAUGGACCUGAUUUUUGUAGCCUAUAUUUUCUUACUGAAUUAAUUUAUGCUUCAUAUUAACAUUUUA